CUGGCUGUGACUCAUUCAUGACUGAGAUUACGCAAACUCUAUUCUUUUGAGAGAGCGACAGAUCUCAGCUUUAGACAUCUAACAACAUGACGGACGGACCUGCUCGAGUUAAAUUGAUCCUGAUUGGGAACUCAGGGGUGGGGAAAUCCUCGCUGACGACCAGGUAUGUCAACCACAAUUAUUCAACUUCUCACCGAGCUACGAUCGGAAUAGACUUUGUCACGAAAGAAGUCGAACUGGAUGGCCAAGCAGUAAUACUGGAGAUCUGGGACACCGCUGGCACGGAAAGGUUCAAGUCCUUGGGCACUCCCAUGUACAGAUGGUCUCACUGCUGCCUGCUGGUGUUUGAUGUGACGUCAAGCGCGUCAUUCUCUGCCAUGGAGGAGUGGCGGAAGGAAUUCCUUACUCAGGGAGAUCCCCCAGAUCCCUCAAAUUUCCCAUUUAUUGUUGUGGGAAACAAAACAGACAUGGUAAACCGUGAGAUAACACGCGAAGAAGCGUCGCAGUGGUGCGAGCAGAUCGGGGCGCAGUACCACGAGGGCAGCGCCAAGGAGGACGUACACGUCACCAAGGCAUUCCUGGAGGCUGCACGGGCUGGAUUAAGACAGUACAAAAAACACACAUUGGAAAAUACAGGACAUUUCCAGUUAGCCUGCAAACAGCCGAGGGAAACUCGCGCCCGCUGUCAGUGCUGAGACCCGCACCAUUCCCAGUGUGGGAGGACAAAUUCAGAAAGACCUCGGCACUGCUGAUGUUGACGACCUAACAAGGUGGCGAAAACAGUGAUCCAGCAAGGAAAAGGGGCACACUUGUAUACCACAUGGGAAGAGAUACAAACUCAAAUGCUUUUUUUUUUUCUUCUUUUGAGGACCUUCAGCUUAUGGUCUAACUUAAGGCAUCACUACUUAAAUACACUGCUUUUUGCAUGCAUGUCUAGUUUUGCUCAACAGACACACUGACACGCACAAAAUAAUGAAUGCAUAUGAAGAUAACUUUUGUCAAGAGAAAUAAAUCAGAAAAAGACCCAAACGGAGACCCAAUGGACCUGCGAGAGGGAGAGGCAAGUGAGCUUGGCGCCGUUCUCCCCCCGCCCAAGACCCUCACGACACAAAUGCUUUUCUUAGGAAAUGACAAACUUGUGGCCAAUCAGGGAUACCUCUCCCAUGCACAAGUGUUGUAUUAGAAUGGACCUAGCAGUGAUUCCGACUCCUACAGUGACUUGGCCUGACAGAAGCAAAUAAGGAGACUGUAUAUAUUGAUAUAUCUUAUUUGUCUGGGUUUUUUUUAUAUGUAAAGACACAAAAGGCAAUCAAGAGAUGACCAACAUGUAAAAACUGUUACAAGUAAUUAUAUAAAAGGCCAAGAUGUU